AUGACGAAGGGUGGAUACCAGAAAAUAUCCACCACAGACGAGACAGAAAAAGUCAGUUUUAUAUCUUUCCUAUUCUUUCAAUGGAUGAAUGACAUCUUCAAGACAGGCAGACAAAGAACUUUAGACGAGAACGACUUCGUGCCCCUUUCAAAAGAAAACUCUACCGAUUUUCUCGCCGGACGCCUCCAAACAAGCUGGAACAAAGAGAAAGAUGAAUGCAAAGGGAAUGGACGAAGACCAAAACUCUGGAGAAGCCUGUUAAAGAUGAUCUCUAUUGAGGAGGCAAAGAUCAUUUUACUCACUCAUGCAUUCUACGCACUUCGGCGCUUUCUCCAACCUCUCUUUCUAGGUUAUCUGGUUUCUUCGCUGAUGCAGGCUGAGCCACAAAAAAAUAUUCUUUUGUACUGUUGUGUGACAGCUAUGGGCAUUUUUGUCUUUAUUGGGACAGUUAUUGAACAUCACUUGUGUAAUACUUGUAAGGUGGUUGGUCUCAGAAUGAGCAGUGCUCUUAAAAGUCUGAUUUACCAAAAGCUACUGCAACUCAGUAGGACUGAGUUAUUGAAAUUUACAAUUGGUCGCGUGAUUGACCUCGUAUCAAACGAUGUUCAGCAACUGGAGGAGUAUACUGUGAUGGACUGUUGCCUUGCCAUUUUGGAUUUUCUCUUACUUGUACCUGCAAUGGUAAUAUUACUCGUCUAUUUCAUCGGUUGGCAAGCUCUUAUAGGAUUCAUAUCCCUUUGUUUUCUGGUGCCAUAUUUUAUUGGAUUCGCCUGUAUUAGUGCUACACUUCACCGCAAUACCGAAGCAUUUACCGAUAGGCGCAUCUCUUUAGUGAACCAAGUAAUUUCUGGAAUUCGGGCGAUCAAAACACAUGCCUGGGAGGAUGAAUACCAAGAAAGGAUCAAAAGGACACGAAGUGAUGAAAUUAGUACCAUCCGCAAGAAGAGUGUUGUUCUGUCAGGCGUUGCUGCCUUGGAGUACACUUCAGAGUCACUAGCCAUGCUGACGUCAGUUAUUACACUGAUGCUAACGGGUCAUCCCCUCACCCCUAUCAACGUCUUUAUGCUUCUCUCAUUUACCAAUGUACUAAGAGUGAGCUUUUGCGAUUACUUGCCUUAUGGUUUCUUGGGAAUAUAUGAGGCCUGUGUUUCACUCAAAAGGAUUGAAGACUUUCUAUAUUUAGAAGAUUUAAUCGGAAUCCGCAAAGAAGACAGUAUUAAGAACACAGACAAUCUGAAAAAUGUUUCAGAUGAACCCAAAAACACUGGUGAAGUUCCCUGCGUUAUUGUUGAAGAGGAUAACCAUUCUGUUUUCCCAGCCAUCCUUGAGGUGUCAAUUUUGAAACCGAAGGAAAAGAUAUGCGAUGCUGAAUUCAUUCUGAAAGAUGUUCAAUUUUCCGUUGCGUUACAAGCUCUAACAGUCAUUACUGGCCCUGUAGGCUGUGGAAAAUCGUCUCUUCUCAAAGCUAUCGCUGCCGAAGAGUCCGUCACAGUUGGAGGAGGAAUCUGUGCAUAUUCAUUAGCUUACGUUCCUCAGAUAUCAUGGGUCUUCUCUGGGACAAUAAGACAAAACAUUUUAUUUGGUCAAUCGUACGAUGAACCCAGGUACUUAGCUGUAGUUGAAGCAUGCUCCCUUAUGGAAGACUUCCAUGUAUUUCCAAACGGCGACCAAACAGUUGUAGGUAAACUAGGUGCCGUUCUCAGUGGAGGCCAGCGUGCAAGAGUGAGCUUGGCAAGAGCUGUAUACAUGGAUGCAGACCUAUACUUAUUGGAUGACCCUCUGAGUGCUGUAGACAAGAAAGUUGGUCAACAUAUCUUUGCAAAUUGCAUAAAGGGUAUAUUAAGUAACAAAACGCGACUGUUAACGUCCCACCAAAAAGAACACUUCAAAGAUGCUAAUGAAGUCAUUGUGCUGUGCAAAGGUUGUAUGUUGGAAAAAGGAAGUUUCGCUGAGCUUCAGGAAAAAGGGUUUCUUCGCACAACUUUCGAUCCAGGUUUUGAGAACUCUUUUAUUACAGAGAAUGAAGAUCAAUCAGAUGAAGAUAGAGUAGUGCCUGCCCAAAAUCAAGUAAAGGAACUGGAAAUAUCGGACGAGGACCGAACAACUGGAGUAGUGACUUUCCAGGUCUACUGGGACUACUUCAGAAGUGGAUUACAUUCGUAUGCAAUCCUGGGAUUUAUCUGUUUGUGUCUCCUCACUCAAGCCAUUGUAGUUUUACCUGAUGUAUGGCUCUCAUUCUUGAUAGAGAAGAGUCAAGAAGAACAGAAAGACGUCACAAACUUUAUCAUACAUGGAUGUCUGGUCCUCGCAUCCUUCAUAUUUAGCGCUAUCAGAGCAUUUAUUUUCCUUUGGGCUUCCUUAAAAUGUUCUGAACGCCUUCAUGAUAAAAUGGUGGAAGCCAUUCUGAAAGCACCUGUUUUAUUCUUUGACUCAAAUCCUAUUGGAAGAAUUCUUAAUCGAUUUUCUAAAGACAUAGGCUGUGUAGACGAGCAUUUACCCCGAUCGUAUCUACUUUCCCUCCAGUUGCUUUUACAAAUGCUUGCCUCAAUUGUUGUUCCCAUCAUUGCCAAUCCCUUGCUUCUUUCUGUUUUUGUUUCAUUAGCUGUCGCGGGUGGGUACAUCGUUAAGUAUUUCUUGCAAACCUCCAGACAGCUUAAAAGGUUAGAGUCAAUAAAUCGAAGCCCUGUAUAUUCGCAUUUCUCGGAGACCCUAAAUGGGUUGGAGACGAUUCGAACAAGCGGAAGACAGAGAGACUUCGUGGAACAGUUUAAUAGGUACGUUCAUCGCGAAAACGGUUAA